AGUAAGUUAAUUAUUGGUUUUUGGCCAGUUAAGUGCUACAACUGACCUUCAUUAGAGCCGCGUCAAGUUAGCCAAAGCUAAUAAGUCAUUCUACUGUACAAUAUCUUGCAUGCACCAUUAGAGACUACAAACAGCUCCCGCUCUUGGUUGAUUUAAAACAAGUUAGUUCCCUCUGUGCUUGUUUAACUACGUGUCUUCUGAAUGUGCUUAUCGUGUUGUUACCGUGUGUUAUUUGUCUUUUUUUUUUUUUUUUAAGUUGAAAGGUCUUUUGGUAAACGGUUAAAAGACCGCGUCAACCAUACAGGUUGGACUAGCUUAAGUGCGCAUUUUCAGGAAAUAGCCAGAGGCACAAACUGAAGAACGCGUCAACCACACACAGGUUGGCCUCCAUAGCUUAAGUUGGCAUUUCCAGGAAAUAGACGGAUCCAGAAACAAAUAGUUGAACUGCGCUCACAUAUCGUCUUUAAGGAAAAGUCAAAAUGUUCUUUAUUCUUUAUUCUAGCUGCGUAUUUUCGUGAUGACUGCUUUCUGGCUGGAAUGAUGAAAUGUUUCUCAACGUUUAAUAUAGUAUUUUCACAGUUUUCCUGCUCUUCUUCUUCUUCUUCUUCUUCGCUGGAACGUACGACAGUCGCGGUAGUAAACGUUGGUUUCGCCCCCGGCCAAACAUUUCAUCGUUCCGGGCAAACAGGAGACAUCUGCUGGAUCACUAAAACACCUUUUAAAGCCACACACCGCCUCUGGAUGACAAGUUAAAAAAUACAUAUUUUUACCGUAAGAUUUGCGUUAGAACAACGCUGUGUUAUCUAAUGACGGACUAGCUAACGUACGGAGUGCUAAGGUCACAAACUGGGCUAUGUUGAUCAAUACAGUGCUUUUAUAACAUUUUUUUUUUUUUUUUACAUCUUUUAUUGAACCCGAAGUGUGUUUUUAAGUUUCAACGGUAGCUCGCUUGACUGUUUCUUUCCGGUAAAUGUGUGAGCCGGCGAUAACCGGAGGCGGAGCUUUAACGGAACAGUUGGCACCGAUGAUUAACGGUGGAGUAAGUUAGAUGAGCGGCAGAGCCCGAGCAGAGCCCGAGCAGAGCUCACCAUCAUGGGGGAGAAAACGGUCUCACUGUGGCUGACGUGGGUUUGUCUCGUGCAAAGCUCUGAGAUGUUGUCUCACGUGGAGAGAUAUGAGGUGGUCAGGCCUCAGAGACAGAAGAGGAGCCUGCUGGACCACCAGUUUCUACAGCUUUAUCCUGAUACGGUUCGGUACGAGUUGGCCAUCGAAGGGAGGAACCACACAAUCCAGCUGGAAAAAAACAGGAAUCUCAUUGGGAGAGGCUACACUGAAACACACUAUUCAGAGGACGGAAAACGGGUGACAACGUCACCAAAUGAGGAGCACUGCUACUAUCACGGUCACAUUGAAGGCAUGAAGGACUCUUCAGUCAGUGUUGGGAUUUGUUCAGGCAUUAGUGGCUUUGUGAGAGCCCGGCAGCAGGUUUACCUGAUAGAGCCUCUGGGACAGUCUGAGGAUGGUGACCAUGCAGUUUACAGACGGGAGCACCUGAAGAUCAGCGGCAGUGUCAGCUGCGCCUCCUCAUCCGACACCACCACACUGUACGACCAGGACCAGGACCCUCCGGUCGCUGGCCUCUUCAGGUCUAGAUCGUGGAAAACUACACCCAUCGCAGGUCCGCAGAGGUUUGUCGAGCUGUUUGUGGUGGUGGACAAUACUGAGUAUAAGCGAUAUGGAAGCAAGACUAAAUCCCGUAUUCUCGGCGUAAUAAAUCACGUUGACAAGCUGUAUCGACAUCUGAACAUUCGCGUCAUGCUGGUGGGUUUGGAGAUUUGGAACUACAGAGACUACAUCGACGUUGACAUUAAUUCGGAGACUGCUCUCGACAACUUCCUCCUGUGGCGGCAGACUGAUCUUCUGCGGAGGACGAAGCAUGACAAUGCCCAAUUUGUGACUGGAAAGGAUUUUGACGGAGAUACAGUAGGAUUGGCAAAUAAGUUUGCUAUGUGUACUGAGAACUCAGGUGGAGUCAAUCAGGAUCACCAUGAUAACCCAAUAGGCCUCGCCUCCACCAUCGCUCAUGAGAUGGGACAUAAUUUUGGCUUGUCCCAUGAUGUAGAUGCACGUUGUGUUUGUGGUCCGUCUCGCAUCAGUGGGAACUGUGUGAUGGCAGAUAAGCUCAGGACAGGAAGUCAAGCGUUCCCGGAGUUUUUCAGCAGCUGCAGUGUGGAGCAGCUCGCUGAAUUCAUGGAGCGAGCUCAGCCCAGCUGCUUGUCCAGACCGUUAGGCGCUGAGAUCAUCGCUUUGGGCCCUCGCUGUGGCGAUGCCCUGUUGGACCCUGGAGAGGAGUGUGACUGUGGCACUGUGGAGGAAUGCAUGAACCCUUGUUGUGAUGCCUCAACUUGUCGCCUGACUGACGGAUCCCAGUGUGCUCAUGGACAAUGCUGUGACAACUGCCAGUUCAAACUGGCUGGAAGUGUAUGCAGAAAGUCAGCCAGUGACUGUGACCUGCCUGAAUUCUGCACCGGAGUGUCGGGGGAUUGUCCUGAAGAUAGCUUUGAGAUGAACGGCAAACCCUGCUACAACCAGGCAGAGGGCUACUGCUACAACGGCCAAUGCCCCACACAUCUGCAGCACUGCUGGAGGCUGUUUGGACUAGGGACCAGAGUUGGAUCAGAGCGGUGUUUUGACCUGAACAAACGGGGCGAAGAAGGUUCUAACUGUGGGAAGAACAAAUUCAGCUACAUCCCCUGUACAGAACCGAAUCGUAAGUGUGGAUCUAUGUUUUGUGAAGGAGGGGGUGAGUCUAUCACAGGUAAAAGGGCAGCCUACACUGUGAACAACAUAGAGUGUAAACUACCUGUGGAUGACGAUAAGACCAGAAACAUCGACAUGGUGCCGAAAGGAACCAGAUGUGGACCAAAUAAGGUUUGUCUUGACAACAGAUGUAUGGAUUUAUCAGUUUAUGGGGGAAAGGAGGAUUGUGCCAAGAAAUGCAACAACAAAGGGGUGUGUAAUCACAAGAAAGAGUGCCACUGUAAUCCUGGCUGGGCUCCACCGUACUGUGACAUCCAGUAUGAGGAUUUACCUCAAGGUCAGAGUGGGAUUGUAGCUGGUGUGUGUGCAGUUCUCGCCAUCCUUUUGGUGAUCACUGUAGUGAUUGCAGGGCUGAUGUGCUGUAAAAAGGACAACAUGGACAACUACACCUCUAAAAGGAAAGUGCAUUCAGCUCCAGACAAGUUGAACCCGAUGUUCCAGGAGCCAGGUGUUAAAGGCAGACCUCAGAUCAGUCAGCCCACUUUCAUGGAAUCAACAGCAACACAAGCCUGCGCUCCUCUGGUUGUUGCUGUGACUCCCAGCAGACCUGCUCCACAGCCGCCAAAGAAGUUAUCUCCUGUGUCACCUACCUCGCGAACUGAGCCGACUGAACCUCCUCCUCUACCUCCAUCUAAACCUUUACCGCCUCUGAAUAAAACACAGUAUAAGGCAGCCAAACCAAAUCCUCCUCCUGCACCUCCAGUCAAGCCCAGCCCUCGUCCGGCUGCCAGGAUCAAGCCAUGCACUCCUCCGCUGCCCCCAGCGAAGCCACAACUUCACAGACUCGCAUGAAAGUCUCAUUAAAAGCAUCACGUUCGGCCUGUACAUGUACAUAUAGAAAGAGAGGGAUCCUUUUUAGGAUCAGACGGGUGAGUCACAGAGGCCAAAGAGUUUGUCUUCAAAGCCUUUAAAGAUGUAGUGUGUGAUGAAGCUUCACCGACUGAGAAUGUCUGAUGACGCGAGACAAACAGCUGCUGUGGAAAAGUGAUAUUUGGGGUGAAAACUCUCCAUUAAUUGCUGUUGCAGUUGUCGUGUAAAAAAAGUUCUUCCUGCUAACUUCCUUUGUAACAACAAGUUGCACUUUUAUAAGCCUGAGCAAAAUGGUGCUCACACGAAAAUGUACAUUUUAAAAUAUUUAUUUAAUGUUUGUGCAAGGGACUGUACGGAAAUUAUUAGACGAGAAAGAGGGUCCAAAAGUUUGGGAGUGUUGUGUUUUUCCUUUUUGCUGAAGCGAGGGUAGUCUGAAAUAUUUUGGAAGAGCAGAGGAGCGUCUUCUUACAUGUUUCUCACCCCAGAUUUAUAUUUUAUUCAGCCUUCAAUUGAGCUGCAGCUUAAGCAAUGCUAAUUUUCAAUUCAGUUCAGUUCACCCGGGCUUUAUUGGCAUGGGAAACAGACGUUAACAUUGCCAAAGCAAGUGUGAAAUAAAAACAUAAAAGAAAUUCUUUAUGAACCUUAAACCUGAAAUAACUGAUUUUUUUUUGGCCAUAAGGAAACAUUGACAUAUCACCUUUUAAUUUAAUAUGUUGAACUUGUUAGCAAACAAGCUUAUUUACACAUCCAGCAGUUACAGAGCAACAUUAAAGUCCGUUACUCUCUCUCUUUUAGCUCUGUUUUUGGUCUCCACCAACCCCUGAGGGAAACUCUUUAGCUGCUAAAUGCUCCACUACGUUCACCAGUUAGCCGCUAACUGUGUCUGUCUGCUGUUUGCUGCUGGGCAGGAAGUGUUUUAGCUGAAAACGGCGCCGUGAGAGUGAACCAGAACAGUAAAGUUGCAGCCGGACAGCUAAACAAUGAGCUGAAACUCAGAAUAAAGCUCCGUAAAGCCGAGCGGAGCUGCAGAUUCAGCUGAUAGCUCUCUGUAGCUUCAUCAAUACGAGCGACACCUUUCACAUUGUCGUUUUAUACAUUAUUAUAAAAAUAUUGAUUAUAGCUGUUUUAAGUUUGUAUUAAAAGAGUUGUACCAGUUCAACACUUUGACAUUAUUUUGAGAUAUUACAGGGGAGGGCGUAGCAGUUGUUUUUCUAAGCCGAGGGGUGGAUCUGAGCUGCGCUCCACACCCCAAUGAUUUCCGUUCAGUCUCUAAACUGUGUCCAAAGCCAAACUGUGCCUUCUACAAGGUUAAUUUUCUCUCACUAAACACUGUACUUGAAAACCUUUGAAUGGUACACACAGUAUGGGAGGCUUUACACAGUUCAGAUGAGCUGUGUGUGUUACUGUGGUUCAGCUUGAAACAUUUACAUGCUCCUUUGUUUGUUUUUGCGCAACGGGGGGCAUAGCCUCGAGGAGCCAGUACUUGUUUUUUUACUGCACUGAUAUGUUUCUGCUGCAACAGUCACAGGGUUUUAUACCUUGUAGAUCUUAAAAUACAAGAUAUCAGUUGGUAUGAUCACUAUCCUACUUUUGAAUCGCUCACAUAUGAUUGAUUGAAUGUAAAAACUUCAUUCCCAUGAGAGGGCCUUUUGUUGCAACCGAGAAAGUGCACUUUAUUACAAAAGUAUGAAGAGAUCAUGCUGCAUCAGGAGAUUACACAAUGCAUCAGUGUGAAGCAAAACAUGAUGGAAGACUUUUUAUCUGCUGUGUUUUCCUUAGAGGUUCAUUAUGUGAAUUGCAUAAUAAAAAAAAAAGAAAAGUC